AUGCGAGUCAUUGAGGAUCGGGAUGAGGAAGCUUCAAGUGACAACCUACCGACUGAUUCACCUAGUGAGGGUGUGAGUGAGGAUGAUUUAGGUGGUGAAGGUGACCCAGAUAUGCCCCAGGUUGUGAGCCUAAGAUUCAAGCCUGCCACAAACUUUAAUGAUCCAAGAUGGGAAAUAGGUCUGCGCUUUAACUCAAAGAAUGAUUUCAAAGAAGUUAUCCAACAUGAAGGAGUGAAGACGAGUAAGAAGUUGAGGCUGUCGAAGAACGAUAAAAUACGCUGCAUUGUCGUUUGUCGUGGGUUGGAAAGGAGUAAGAAGUUUAAAGCGGGUUGUCCUUGGAAGAUUACCCUAACCCACAGGCCUACUAUUGGUUGCUGGCAGAUUUCAUCGUUGAAGCUAACACACAAGUGUGGAGGUGCUUCUUACAACCACGGCUGCGCUAACGCCCGGUUCUUAUCCAAGUACUUCAAAGAGGAUAUGCGAAUCUUCCCGGGAAUGACAGUUAUUCAAUUUAUUGAAAAAGUCAAAUGCGAGUUGAAGAUUAACAUUUCCUUUGGAAAGGCACAGCGUGCAAUGGCACAAGAGAGGAAGGUGAUCGAGGGUGAUGUAAUCAGGCAAUACAAGAGGUUGCAUGAUUACCGGGCGGAGAUUAUUAGGUCUAAUCCAGGGAGCACCGUUAUGCUAGCUACAAGACGACUGUCAGAUGGGACUGAGAAGUUCGCUGGCAUUUAUGUUUGCUAUGAAGCGUGCAAAACGUUAUUCAAGCAACAUUGUAGACGUAUUGUGGGUCUGGAUGGAUGCCACCUGAGGGGGCAAGGGAAGGGCAUACUGUUGACAGCCAUUGGAUUAGACCCGAACGAUCAGAUAUUUCCCAUUGCAUUUGCCGUUGUAGCCGUCAAGAGUACAGAGACGUGGAGCUGGUUCCUGGAGUUUUUAGUCAAAGAUUUGGAAAUCAAUUACUCAAGCAAGUGGACAUAUCUAUCGGAUAGACAAAAGGGGUUGAUCAAUGCGGUACGGAGUUGCUGCCAUAUGGCCGAGCACCGCUUCUGUGUUUGGCAUAUGCAUAAUAACUUCCGGAAGGUGUUCACCUCGACAACGUUGAAGGACAAGAUUUGGGAAGUCGCUCGUGCGACGACUGAAUAUGCCUUCGACAGGGUCAUGGAUGAAAUCAAGCAACUAAACUCUGGAGCACACAAGUGGUUGACCACACAUACUUCGAAGGAGCACUGGAGCCGAGCCUUCUUCGGUUUUGAGGCCAAAUGUGAUAUACUCGUGAAUAAUAUUUCAGAGUGCUAUAACCGGGUUUUACUUUUUGCACGUGAUAAGCCAUUAUAUGAUAUGCUGGAAUGCAUCCGUAUGUAUCUGAUGGAUAGAUUCACAACCCGACGAAAGAUGGCUCAAAGGCUCGAGGAUUGUGUUGGCCCCAAGAUACGGAAGAAGAUCGAGAAGUUGAAGAGCAAAGUUGGAGACUGUAUGGUGAGGGAGGCAGGUGAAUGGCUGUAUCAAGUGAAUACAAAAUUCAAUGAACAAUUCGUGGUCGAUCUAAGGGACCGAACGUGCAGCUGUAGGCGUUGGAUGCUGACGGGGCUGCCAUGCCCACACGCAUGUGCUGCCAUCCAGUUAUCAUCUGAGACCGUAGAGUCUUUCAUACCUACUUGCUACUCAACGGAGACGUUCCGACAGGUCUAUGCAGGUGUGAUCUACCCGGUACAUGGACCGGAUAUGUGGUCGAAGACUCCACACCCAGAUAUUGUUCCACCGGACCUUAGAAGACUACCAGGACGACCUAAGGGAUCAAGGAUGAAGUCGGUUCAAGAGCAGGCCGAGAUACGCAAAGCCAAAGCAAAGACAACACGAUUAGCCCGUCGCCUUGUUGAAUUUCGAGAGGAGGAUGAUGGAGGGAAGAAAAUGUCUAAGAAGGGCCUGAUGGCAGAUUACAGUUGCCGUCUUUGUGGUGAAAAAGAACACAACAAGAGGAGAUGUCCCCAAGCCACUGAUGCUGCCGAACCGCCUAAUGGUAUUUCACUACAUUGA